AUGAAGGAACUUUUUAUCUAUGCGGAGCCCAAGUACGGUGGCGUAAUCAAGGAAACAGAAAUCCCAAAACCAGGGCCAAAGGAGGUUCUCAUCAAGGUUGCAUUUGCGGGGUUGAAUCCCAAAGAUUGGAAGGCUACGCGAGGGCUAACUGAACCAGAAGCCUUCAAUACUGGAGAUGAUGUCGCCGGCAUUAUCGAGGCAGUAGGUUCAGAAGUCUUCGAGUUCAAGAAGGGGGAUCGUGUCGCAGGUUUCCAUCGGAUGCGCCAUCCUCACGGCACCUUCGCCGAAUAUACCGUCGUCAACGCAUCCACAACGUUCCACCUACCCCCAAACAUCUCUUUCGAAUCCGGCGCUGCGUUUCCCCUAGCCUUCAUGACAGCCGCCAUCGCCUUGUAUCAAUGCCUGAAACUACCGAUUCCAACAACCUUACAAGACCCUGCCGCCGGAAAGACCCCCAUCUUGAUCUGGGGCGGUGCCACCGCUGUGGGAGCUUUCGCUUUGCAACUCGCCAAGCUGAGCAAAGUCGGUCCCAUCAUCACCGUCGCCGGCAAUGGAAUCGACUUCGUCAAAUCUCUCAAUGCGGCGGACCACAUCAUCGAUUACCGAGAAGGAGAUGUAGUCCAGAAGAUCAUUGACGCCGCAGGACCAUCCAAGAUUAAGAUUGCAUUUGACUCAGUUUCCGACUCCGUCAGUUACGAGCCCAUCAGUAAGGUGCUCGUUGCAUCGGGCGGCGGCGAAAUCAACAUGGUCGAUCCCGUCAAGCCGGGCUGGACAUUCCCGGAGGGCGUGAAACUUUCGCGCACAAUGGUUGGUUCAUCUCACGGCGAUACUUGGGGCUUCGUCAACGAGGAGUAUCUCAGCCACUUGCUGGCAGAGGGCAAAAUCAAGCCUCACCCAGUCGAGGUGCUUCCGGACGGCUUGAAUAGCGUAGUCGCUGGUAUACAGGCACUCUUUGACCGGAAAGUCAGUGCGAAGAAGCUUGUGGCGCGCAUCGGAAACGACUUGUAA